CAAACACAAGAAAGGCGCAUGCGCAGUGUGUUCAAGCGAGGCGGCAUGGAUUUUUCGGCGGCGCGUGUUGCUAUUCUGAAUGUGCUGAAAGGGGCGCGGGCAGGCGAUCUGCCCCGCCUCCUUCACUGGAUCAAGACGACCAGUGACUUUGAUGAAUUCAUAUCCAAUAAUGACGAUGUUAUUCUUAGAAGCAUUGCUGAAGAUCUUCGACAUUCUUUGCCCAAAGAGGCAAUGCUUGACUCAGAUCAUACUGCUCUUCAAAAACUACAAGAACAAACAAAACCAACUGUUCAUAUUGAUGCAUUCCUUUAUGAUGAGAACUGUAUUGAUUCACUGUGUGAAAAAGGAAAGAUGAGCAGAAACUACUGUUUGACCUGUGGCUCACAUCAUACAGCUCCAUUGGAAUUCAUCUCCCAUUCAUUUUCCCUUACGGAAGUGAAGUUUCUGUAUCACCAUGUACUGCCUGACCUGACAGGAAAGGUUUUGGUUGACGUUGGCUCCAGACUUGGUGUGGUCCUGUUUGGGGGCUACUUUCAUAGCUCAGCAUCUCAUCUCUGGGGUGUUGAAAUGAAUGCAGAUUUUUGCCAGUUGCAGGAAGCAAUCAUUGCAAAAUACCAGCUCUCUGAAAGAGUGAAGGUGGUUAAUGCAGACAUUUGUACACAGGCUUCACUUCUUCAGAAUGCUGAUGUUGUGGUAAUGAAUAAUGUAUUUGAAUAUUUCCUGGACAGAUCACAACAAGCCAGAUGCUGGGAAUUCAUCCAUCAGAAUGUAAGAAAGAAGGGGUCAUUGUUAGUGACAGUCCCAAGCCUUGAGAAAUCUCUUGCAGACCUUCAGGUGGAUAUUCAACUGAAUCAGUGGGUAGAAGCAGUGCCAUUGCAUUAUGAUGUAUACUUGGAAGAAGAUGCUGAUAGAGAAGCACUUGAAGAAAUUAAUUUAUACAAGAUUCUGUAAUGUAAAUAAGCAGUGACACUCAAAUUGUGUUGACUUACGGUUUUACUAUUCCUCAUUGUGCCCAGUGUGAAGGGAGCAGACAUUCAUGUCAGAGAAUGACUCCAGAAACUGUAGCCAUAUUGGGUUGUUUUGUAUUUUCUGGGCUGUACAGCCAUGUUCCAGAAGCAUUCUCUCCUGAUGUUUCGCUUGCAUCUAUGGCAGGCAUCCUCAGAGGUUGCCAGGAGACGUCAGGAAAGAAUGCUUCUGGAGCAUGGCCCUACAUCCCGGGAAACAAACAAAAACCCAGUGAUUCCAGCCAUAAAAGCCUUUGAUAAUACAUUGUAGACAUAUUUUUGGUUAUAUAAAUUUAAGAGAUCAAAAACAAA